AUUAUCAAUAAACACAAUUCGAACGUCGAAGAAAGUGCAAGCUCAACAAGCUUAUAAAACAACUAGCUGACAAAUAUUAAAACUUAAACAAACAAAAUGAACUUCAACAAGAUUUUCGUACUCCUAGCUGUCUUCGUCGCCAUCUUCGCUGGACAAACCGAGGCAGGAUGGUUGAAAAAGAUUGGCAAGAAAAUUGAGCGUGUCGGUCAACAUACCCGCGAUGCCACCAUCCAGACCAUUGCUGUGGCGCAACAAGCAGCAAAUGUUGCCGCAACAUUGAAGGGAUAAGCUGAUCAAAUGACCGAAGUUGUUACAACUAAUAUUUAUGUACCUUAGCUAAAUUUAAUAUUUAUUUAUUUAAAAAAUUGUAUGACUGAAUUACGAAAAUUAAAAUAAAAAUUAAAAAAAAAAAAUUUCAAAAAAA